AUGCCCAUGACAACUCUAGUUUGCCUGGCGCUAGCCGUUUGUCUGCCUAUAAUAACCUUUCUAGCACUCAGGCCCUCUCAGAAAGAUGUCGUAUGGAGAAGAUUCGGAUUCGCUAGGAACACAAGUCGCCCCAGUACCCCAACACUCGAAAAGCAACCACUUUCAAAGCCCUUAGCCUCACACUCCUCCGCGCUUGUGACAGCUUUCCCGCCCUUUCAAAGGAGCCAGCUCAAGGAACUGAUACGAAAACUGUCCCCGGCCCAGCAGAAGGAGCUGGGCCAGCUAUCCUUCAACCAGGCGACGUUUGAGAGCUCACUGUUGAGGUUCGAGGAAGACUACAGCGAUGCCGAUUACUCAAAAUACGUCUACUCCGGAUUUUCCAUCCGUGAGAUCAAGGCGCUGGGGGCCUUUCCCGAUUACUCGACCCUAUCGGGCGUCCCGAUGCCGAGCCCCUAUCUGGAUUUUGACAUAGAAAAGGCUAGGCCGCGCCCGUAUAGGCCAUUCAGGUGGCCGUAUCACCAGACGAUGUCUUUGACAAAACUAGAGCCUGACUGGUGGAUCGAGCUAGAGUCCACUUACAAAGAGCGCAUAGCCCAGCGCAAAGACCUGUAUGCCAAACACGGUCCGGGAGUACUGCAAUGGCUUCCUGGCUCCGAGUUGGCGUGCAAGGAGCUAAUGGAGAUGGUCAUUCAAUUUAUCUGCGCCCGAUAUCCCACAUAUUUCACAUUGUCAGAGGACAAGCUCUGGCUCGAGAACAAGAUCCUAGGCAUCAGGGCGAACAUCCGCGAGAAGCACCCCCUUUUGAUCUUGCUGGACCAUGUCCCCGAAGAUUUUGCCAUCACCCUUCGCGACCCGGAAACGGGCUACUACGCGUUCCGCGCCGGCGUGAUUUGUUCAGCGAUGGGUUGGAGUCUAGGGACCAAGAUCGGACUCAGGCUAGAUGAGAUUCACCAGCCUGUCCCAGACUACAAAGAGAAGAUGAAGUUCAGCAUGGAUCGGUACGUGGAGUCCCUCAAGGCCAUAGAUGACAGUGUCCAUCAUCCUGUUAUCUCAAUCCCUCUCCAGGGGCAACCCUCAGCAGUACUAACACCUUCUCACAGCUUCUUCUCCAAGAUGCCGACCAACAAGCCAAUCCAGCGCGGAUCCUGGGAUCUAGAGGUCGACAAGCCCCUCUUCCUCGCGCCAGGCAGCGACCGGCACGCACAAGACGGUGACGUAGAUCCGUCUCGGAUCCACCUGCGCGUAGACUGGCAGACGCUGCGACGUCUACCGCUGUCAGGCGCCAUCGUGUUCAAUUUCAAGGCGGUGUUCACACCGAUCGAGGAGUUCCGCACCGAGGCGCGCAUACCGAGUCUGCUUCUACAGGUGUUGAGACACGCGAAAGGGAAUCUGAUGGAGUACAAGCAUGCGCCUCAUAUAAAUCAUAUCGUAACCCCGCUUUUGGAGCGGUAUGAGACGGAGCAGAAAGAGGCUGGGCUGGUGGAAAGAAACUGGGAAGUUUGCACCCCGGACGAAAGUCCCCUGUUCCCGCAGUGGGAGAAGAAAUGGCAUGCUCAGCAGGGAUUCUAA